AUGGCAAGUCUUUGUCAUAAGCCAAAACUUUUGUCAUCUUUGCAAGGGAUUUUAAAAAUAGUCAAUAUUACUAGCCAUACUCAAAGAAACAAACGUAACUUAGAAAAAAUUCGCGCUCUUUUAGUGGAUCCAACAAGUAAAAUUCUUCAUGGAGAAACUAUUUGGAAUCUAGGUAUAAUUGACAAUAUAGAUUUUAAGGAAACUACAUUUGGCUAUGGAAACAUUUUUGAUGCUAUUAGAGGUAAUUCACAUGCUACAUUACGCAUGUUAUUUCAAUAUCAAUUACCUGAAUUACCUGAAAUUCUGGAAGAGCAAGAAAUAAUUCAUGAUCAGCAACAACUUUUCAGACAAAAUUCUUUUUCACAAAAAACAUUUCAUACUUUAAAUUUAGUUUUUGAAAAACUGCUUGCCUUUAGUGAAAAUUUUACAUACCAGUCAGAUUUUGAUGAAAGUAAUAUACAUAAUCAAAUUAUGACAUAUUUUAAAGUUGGAUGUAAUUUUUCACAGCCAAAUAUCAUAAUUCUUGAUGCAAGAGAUCCACCAUCAAGUGAUUCUGCUGUACAUAAAUGUUUGAAGAUGUAUGAAAAUAAAAUUAGUAUUGGAAAUAAUAAUUAUAUUAAUGUUGUUGCUGAUGAAGCAAUAUUUAGACGUGGGAUUAGUUUUUGUAAAACAAAUAAUAAAAUAAAAAUGAUACUUGGGCAGUGGCAUACAAGUAAAGAUAUGAUGUCUACGCUAAUAACAAUAUUUUCAGGCUACGGUAUAUUUAAUAUGGCAGGAAUAUUAGGCGUUCAAUUUUUGGAUAAAUUGGAGAAGGGUGUAGAUUUUAGGGCUACUUCAAAAUGGGCUAGUUACUGGCGUGCACAUUGGUUUGGAAUCCGAUGGGGUAUUUUUGAUUUACAGCAUGAAAGCUUAAAAGCCUUUUCUCCAUUAUUUUCCAUUGCUGGUAAAUCAAACUAUGCUAGAUCCGUAACACACCAUAUUUAUUGUAUUGAGAAUAAUUCUAGACUUCAUGCAAUGCUUCGUGUAGCACCAUCCGUUAAUUUAACAAACCCUGGACAUUUUUUUGCAUAUGACGAAGCCUUGGAAACAGAUGGCGUUAAAUUUGUAAAACAGAAUGUAACAAGAAUUCCUACAGAUUCAGAAGAAUUAAAUUCCAAGCCACAUAAUAUUCAAUCUCGAAAGGAAAAGAUUUGGGAACUUGUACAUCAGUUGAUUAAUGCAUUUGAAUCUGAAAAUCCUCUCAAAAAUCCAAUAUUUGAAUUCUGUAAUAAUUUGAAUAAUAAAGGAAUUGAUCAGUUAGUUGCUGCAUAUGAAAUUGGUAUUAAAAGGUUGCAAACAAUAGUAAAUCAAGAAAUUCUUUUGACAGAAAAUUAUACGACUGUUGGAAGAAGAGCAAGGAACAUUAUACGCGUUACACUUGCUGAUAUUGCUAAAAUGAAAAAAGAAAGAAAAAUAGAAGAAAGGGAGGAAAGAGAAAAGGCGAAGAAAAGUGGGAGGGAAAGGGGAAGAGGAAGGGGAAGAGGAAGGGAAAGAGGAAGAGGGAGUGGUGAUGAAGAAGCAACUACAUAA